ACGGAACUCACCUGAUGAUGAUGGCCAUCUCAAUAAUGGCUACUCGAUCUCGAUGACGAUGCGACAACGCUGCACAACGUUAUGAUCACUAGGGCUCACUAGAUGUCUGGAUCUUCCGACUCCAUCGAACCAUUUACUGGAGCCGUUGCAACUUGCAAAUUCGAGACGGAUUGAAUUCAGUCAUCACACGCACAAAAAUUCAAGAGAAAAUUUACCUAUACGACCCUCAACCCGGACCGUUCGUUACAUCUACCUUUACUCUGCAUGUUUGAUAUGUAAUCACAGUCGCUGCUGCUUCCCUGUCGCAAGCCCAAAAUAAGAGAGGAACCUCUCUACUCUGUUCCUCUGUUCCUCCUUUCCACCUCUCUAGCAUUCUCGUUUCUGCUUUAUAUCAUCAAAUCAAAUCCUUUUUGAAGACAGAGAAGGGUCUGCGUUUGUUCUUCGAACAUCCAUUCCUUUUAGGCUAGUGCGAUGGGGUUCGAUGUGGGGCAACCGGAAAAUCCGUAUAGCGCCAGGUUUCUGGGAACCUGCUUGAUAGGGGGGCUUGUUCUCGGGGCAUCGAUGUUGGGCUUCUACCUGGGUCUCCCGUUGCCUCCGAUUGGAAUCAAGAGAAAGAAGAAAAAGCCCAUCCGCGUUUACAUGGAUGGCUGCUUCGAUAUGAUGCAUUAUGGCCACUGCAACGCUUUGCGUCAGGCGCGUGCACUCGGUGAUCAAUUGGUUGUCGGUGUUGUUAGCGAUGCCGAGAUUAUUGCCAACAAAGGACCUCCUGUCACUCCCCUUAACGAGAGGAUGAUUAUGGUCAGUGCUGUGAAAUGGGUGGAUGAGAUCAUUCCAGAUGCACCUUAUGCUAUAACUGAAGACUUCAUGAACAAGCUAUUCAACGAGUAUAACAUAGAUUAUAUCAUUCAUGGUGAUGAUCCAUGCAUUCUACCUGAUGGAACUGAUGCUUAUGCUCUCGCUAAGAAGGCAGGUCGCUAUAAGCAGAUCAAGCGGACUGAAGGAGUGUCAAGCACCGACAUUGUUGGUCGUAUGCUUCUAUGUGUGAGAGAAAGAUCGAUUGGUGAUACCCAUAAUCGUUCUUCUUUGCAGAGGCAAUUCAGUCAUGGGCAUGGUCAAAAGUUUGAAGAUGGUGGAUCAGGUAGUGGAACUCGGGUUUCUCAUUUUCUACCAACAUCUCGCAGGAUUGUUCAGUUCUCAAAUGGAAAGGGCCCAGGACCCGAUGCUCGUAUAGUUUAUAUAGAUGGUGCAUUUGAUCUUUUUCAUGCAGGACAUGUAGAGAUAUUGAGACUUGCUCGAGGGCUUGGAGAUUUUCUACUUGUUGGCAUUCACACAGAUCAAACAGUCAGUGCUAAUAGAGGGACACAUCGCCCUAUCAUGAAUCUUCAUGAGAGAAGCUUGAGCGUUCUAGCUUGCCGAUAUGUAGAUGAGGUUAUAAUCGGUGCACCUUGGGAGGUGUCAAAAGACAUGAUUACAACCUUUAACAUCUCAUUGGUUGUGCAUGGAACAGUUGCAGAGAAUAAUGAUUAUCAAAAGGGAAAAUGCAACCCAUAUGAUGUUCCCAUCAGCAUGGGUAUCUUUCGAUUAUUAGAAAGCCCUUUGGAUAUCACAACUACUACAAUAAUAAGAAGGAUAGUAUCAAAUCAUGAGGCAUAUCAGAAACGUAAUGAGAAGAAGGCAGAAAGUGAGAGGAGGUAUUAUGAAGAUAAGACGUAUGUGGCUGGUGACUGAUUUUAAAAUCCAUGGAUAGAUUGUACUAAUUUUUUGGGCCUACAAGUUCUUUCGUCAUUUCUCGAUGAAGGUGGCCGUAAUGACAUCAUUGUGCGACCAAAUUAAGAGGAUAUCUUCACCUGUAUUGGGUUAUACCUUUACAAGCUGACAUGCGAGAAUGUUUUAAGGAGGCAAUAUAUUAUUUCUAUUCUCCCUUCACCCUUUCCGUCUCUAGCAUGUGCUCCCGGCCAUUUUCCAUUAACUGUAGGGUUAAUACACAUUAUCUUCACCUGUAUUAUUACAUAAUACACAUUACAGCUUACAAGGAUUCAGGACUGGGAACAGAGCAGGGUGCACGUGUGAACCGAUGACCUUACCACGGAGAGGCUGCAGUUCCACUGGGUUUGAUCCCGCGUCUCCAUAUUUUCUCCAUUUUUUUGAUAUGUAUCUUUAGGAAGAUUUUGGGACGUUGGAACAUUUUUUAGAUUGGCAUCGUAGAAUUAAUCUUAUAAGCUUUAGUUUUAUUGUCAUGUGAA